AUGUCUCUAGUUCCCUACUCUAUUCGUGACAGUCGUGAGGUUGUGCUUCGUCACAAUGAUGCCGUAGUUUUGCGGGAUCCAAAGACCAAACAAUUGGAACUUCGCGGUGCUGAUUCUCCAUCACAUUGUCCCACAUGUCUCCGAGCAUUUCAAGACACCUCUGAACCCGGUGACUCUCCUCAUCGGGCAGCACCAUUCAUCAGCCCCGAAUACUUCCGCAUGCUGCAAUCAGUGAUACGAAUAAACAGUGAGGAAACUUCAUCGAGUCAGAUUCAUAGACUAGAAGAUCAUGACUAUGAUUCUCCAAUCUACAGCACAGGCAAUUCAGUGACUGGCACAGAAACAUUCACAAGCACACCAGCAUCUGUAAAAGCAGGCUACAGUAUAAAGAAAGAUGCUUUUUGUCCAAAUUACUUCACAAAGUUUUUCAUCGAAGAAAUGGAACUCGGACGUGGAGGUAAAGGGGUUGUGCUGCUCGUCCGCCAUGAGCUUGAUGGCGUAUCAUUAGGUCAAUUUGCUUGCAAAAGAGUACCAGUUGGAGACGACCAUAUAUGGCUAGAGAAGGUCUUGAUUGAGGUACAGCUCCUUCAAGAAUUAUCGCACCCAAAUCUAGUUUCUUAUCGACAUGUUUGGCUUGAAGAUGUAAAACUUAGUAGAUUCAGUCCAUCAGUUCCUUGCGCAUUUAUUCUGCAACAGUAUUGCAAUUCGGGGGAUCUUUUACAUUAUAUUGUUGGACCCACGCCCGAAGUGAAGAGUGCAAAGGAGCAAAUGAAAGAACAGCUUCGAAAGCGAUCGCGGAGCCAGGCUCAAGCUGAAAGGCCAAAUCAACAGUUUCAUCGACGAAAGUUGGCAUUCGAAGAGAUAUUUUCAUUCUUCAAAGAUAUUGCAUCAGGGCUAGCGCACUUGCAUGCAUCUAACUACAUACACCGAGAUUUAAAGCCAAGUAAUUGUCUCUUACAUCAAGAUGGAAAUGAAAUACGUUGUCUCAUCAGUGAUUUUGGAGAAGUACAAGCCGAAAAUGUUGCGAGGAAGUCUACAGGUUCUACUGGGACUAUUUCAUAUUGUGCUCCUGAAGUUUUAAAGCAGGAUUUAUCUGGUCGAUAUGCAAAUUUCACAACGAAGUCUGAUAUCUUUAGUCUGGGCAUGAUUCUUUAUUUUAUGUGUUUUGGACGAUUACCCUACAAGAGCGCAGAUAGUGUAGAAGAAGAAUUUGAAGAUAUCACGCUUUUGAGAGCAGAGAUAAGUUCCUGGUCGGGACUACACGAUGAAAGACGGGAAAGACCUGAUUUACCUAAUCAAUUAUACGUUUUUCUGAAAAGACUUCUGGCGACUGACCCAUCGGAAAGACCGAGUGCAAAUGAUAUUCUUGUUGCUAUUCGCACAGAAAAGGGGCUUGGAGACCUUCCUCGGGCAAGAAAUUCUAAUAAUCCAAGUAGUCUUGGUGGCCGCAUCCUCCCGUCUCGAGAUGUUUCUGUACCUUUUUGUAGUCCUGAAAAAGAGGCAUCAGAUCAAGUACGAUCAGGUACGUUCGUCAAAAAAGACAUUUCAAUGUUUAAUUCUCCAACUGUCGAACCGAAAUCGCUGUCUCAGUUAGUGGUUAAGCCUCUAAACUCGCUCCCUCACUCUCAGAUCACGUCGCAAGAUCGAAAUUAUGAUGGUAAUAAUCGUCAAGAAACAUCAUCGAUUCCUAAUAGUGCUAGCACUCCACUCUUGAUGCCUCCACCGUCGUCUAAAUUCUCGGCACUAUGCCGUACCGUGUGUCUCUACAAAAUCCGAGCCCUACGUAAUAUUGGCAUGUUGCUUACUUACAGCACCCGUGUUCCAAAUUCUGUUUUCAAAUUUUUGGUGUUCAUGGUGAAGUUGUGGAGCUUGAUGGAACCGUGCAGCCCUAGACUCGUGCGUUCAUCAGUUUGGUGGCCACUGAUAGUAUUAUCGGCAUUCGAGCUUGCAAUUGGAAGAAAAGGUAAUUGGAAGUUGCAAUUGACUACAACAGCUGUUCAUUUUAUAGCUAUGGGCAUUGCGAUAUUAUUGGGCGGUGGUAUAAUCCACGGACUCUGUGGCAUGGAAGAAUGA